AUGCGCGACCAGAGCAGUGCUGGCUGGUCGGCAGCAAGGGAAAAACUGAUGAAGCGCAGGUCUGUGCGCCAUGUCGAGCUGCAGCAGGGCAACCUGGUGUUGGAUGUGCAGGUCCCAUCACACAUCGUCCCGAAGGGCAUGGACGCAUCGGAGGAGAUGACGAAGAUGCGGUACACGGCCGCUACCUGCGACCCCGACGACUUCAUGCGCUCCAAGUAUUCACUCCGCCCAUACCUGCUCGGACGCCAGACCGAGCUAUUCAUUGUCAUGACGAUGUACAACGAAGAUGAAGUGCUAUUCUGUCGGACGAUGAACGCUGUGAUCAAGAACAUCGCGCAUCUGUGCGGUCGCUCGCGAUCCAAAAUGUGGGGCGCGGACGGUUGGAAGAAGGUCGUCGUCUGCGUCGUCUCCGAUGGCCGUAACAAAGUCAACAAGCGCACCCUGCAAGUCCUGUCCUUGAUGGGCUGCUACCAAGAAGGCAUUGCGAAGGACUCCGUCGCAGGGAAGGACGUCACCGCUCAUAUAUUCGAGUACACCUCGAGCGUUGUGGUCACGGAUUCCGGUGAAGUCUCGACCGGAGCAUGCCCUGUACAGGUCAUUUUUUGCCUGAAGGAACAGAACAAGAAAAAGCUCAACAGCCACCGCUGGUUCUUUAACGCUUUUGGCCCGCUCAUCAAACCUAAUGUCUGCGUCCUCCUCGACGUCGGAACCAAGCCGACGGGGACUUCGAUUUACGAGCUCUGGAAAUGUUUUGACAAGCAUCCUGGCGUUGGUGGGGCCUGCGGAGAGAUCUGCGUAGAAGUCGGCCGAGGAUGUAACCAGAUUCUCUUCAGUCCGCUGGCUGCCAGUCAGAAUUUUGAGUACAAAAUGUCUAACAUCCUUGACAAACCCCUCGAGAGCGUUUUCGGUUACAUCAGUGUGCUUCCUGGUGCUUUCAGUGCAUACAGGUACAGGGCACUACAGAAUGGACCCAACGGAAAGGGCCCUCUUGCCUCUUAUUUCAGAGGCGAGACGAUGCACGGUGACGGAGCUGACGGCGCCGGUCUUUUCGAGCGGAACAUGUACCUGGCCGAGGAUCGUAUCCUUUGCUUUGAGAUUGUGACCAAGAAGAACGAAGGGUGGACCCUCAAGUACGUGAAGAGCGCUAAAGCCGCAACCGACGUUCCUACGACUGUACCCGAGUUUAUCUCCCAGCGUCGUCGCUGGCUGAACGGCUCUUUGUUUGCCUCUAUCCACGCGACUGUUUUCUUCUUCAGGAUAUGGACGUCAGGACAGAAUUUCUUCCGCAAGAUCGCGCUCCAGAUCGAGUUCAUCUAUAACGCCGUGCAGCUCUUGUUCACAUGGACGUCAUUGGCAAACUUUUACCUGGCUUUCUUUUUCCUUGUCUCAUCUGCGACUGCUGAUUCGAAAACAGACGCGUUCUCGUUCCUCAGUGUAGGCGCUGGAAAAGAUGUAUUCGAAGUCUUUCUGAAGCUCUAUAUUGCGUUGCUCUUCGUAGUCACGGUGUGUUCGCUUGGCAAUCGUCCUCAAGGCUCCAAAUGGACGUACUCUGUGGCUAUGAUCCUCUUCGGAUUGUGUAAUGUGAUCACCUUGUGGUGCGCGGGCUACACAAUCUAUCUCGCCGUCCCCCACAAUGUCGACGGAUGGAAGAACUUCCCUAAGCUUGUUGAGACUAAUAAGACGCUGAGAGAGCUCGUCAUCUCCAUCGCUGCAACAUAUGGGCUGUACUUCAUUGCGUCGUUCAUGCACUUCGAGCCGUGGCACAUGUUCACUUGCUUCAUACAAUACAUGUUCCUGCUUCCUAGUUACGUCAACAUCCUCAUGAUGUACGCCAUGUGUAACCUGCAUGAUGUAUCAUGGGGUACCAAGGGCGAUAACGGCUCUGCCAAAGACCUCGGAGGUGCCAAGAAGGUCAAAGGCGAGGACGGAAAGGACGUCAUGGAGGUUGAACUCCCGACCGCGCGCGAAGAUGUCGAUCAACUUUGGGCCGCUGCUCGUACCUCUUUGAACCACAAGCCUCCGGAAGAGAAGGAACACCGAGACGCCGCGACCAAGCAGGCUGAUCACGAUCGCAACAGUCGCACGAAUGUCGUGCUGGCUUGGGUCGGUACGAACAUGCUUAUGAUCGUCGUGUUCACUUCGACCGCAUUCACGGACUUUGUGGCCAAGCAUAUCGAGACGACUGCCGACGCUAACUUCAAUCCUUAUCUGAGCGCCCUGUUUUUUGCGCUAGCUGGCCUAUCCGCCGUGCGCUUCGCUGGCUCCGCACUCUAUCUGAUCUUCCGACUGUUCGGAUUCUGA